UCCCUUCCCUACCCUUUAUUUUCAUUUUCCACUACAUAUAGCCAGCCAUCGGCCAAUUGCCGCUCCAUAUACUCUCUCUGUCACUGUCCCUUUGUGCCUUCUCUCCAUCUGCCUCCUUCUCUAUCCGACAUGGACCCCAUUCAGCACGCCUUUUUCCGGCCGCCGGAGACUCCCAGAGAGCCGAUGGAGUUUCUCUCCCGCUCCUGGAGCGUCUCCGCUCUCGAGGUCUCCAAGGCCCUGGCCCCCCCGCCUCCUCCUCAGCUUCUCCCCAAAGCUUUCCCUGCCGGCAAUGCCGCCGCCGCCGACAUCAUCCUGGAGGACCUCGCCGCCGAGGCCGAGGAUGCUGCCACGGUCUCUGGAAACCCGUUUUCUUUUGCUUCUUCGGAGACCUCGCAGCUCGUCAUGGAACGCAUUAUGUCACAGUCCCAAGAGGUCUCACCACGCACCUCUGGAAGGCUCUCUCACAGCAGUGGCCCUCUCAAUGGUGGCUCUCUCAGUGACAGCCCUCCAAUCUCUCCAUCAGAGCUCGAUGACAAGUUUUCUAGGCUGAACACGCAAGUGAACUCCCAGUACGGUUGGGCUGCUGGCGGCAACACUGUGACUGGUGGAGGCGGCAAGACGGUGGGGAGGUGGUUGAAGGACCGGAGAGAGAAGAAGAAGGAAGAGGCAAGAGCUCAGAAUGCGCAGCUGCACGCAGCCGUUUCCGUUGCUGGGGUGGCUGCUGCUGUGGCCGCAAUUGCAGCUGCGACAGCUGCCUCUUCAGGGUCAGGGAAGGAUGAGCAAAUGGCGAAGACAGACAUGGCAGUUGCUUCUGCUGCCACGUUGGUGGCAGCACAGUGUGUUGAAACAGCUGAGGCUAUGGGCGCUGAGCGUGAACACCUUACUUCUGUUGUUAGUUCAGCUGUUAAUGUCCGGUCGGCCGGAGAUAUCAUGACUCUGACUGCAGCUGCAGCCACUGCACUGCGUGGAGUGGCUACCUUAAAGGCCAGGGCGUUAAAGGAAGUGUGGAACAUAGCGGCCGUAAUUCCUGUGGAGAGAGGUAUGGCUGGUGGUGGUGGUGGUAGCGGAAAUGGUAGUAAUAGCAGUUCGAGUGGAAGUGGUGAGCUUGUGCCCGAAGAGAAUUUCCUUGGCAUCUGUAGCCGUGAAUUACUGGCUCGUGGCUGUGAGCUCCUUAAGCGAACUCGCAAAGGUGAUUUGCAUUGGAAAAUAGUAUCUGUCUAUAUCAACAGAACGAAUCAGGUGGUACUCAAGAUGAAAAGCAGGCACGUUGCUGGGACCAUCACAAAAAAGAAAAAGAAUGUGGUGCUGGAGGUCUGUAAAAACAUGCCGGCUUGGCCUGGCCGUCACCUCCUCGAGGGCGGCGAGCACUGCCGUUACUUCGGCCUGAGGACUCUACUUCGAGGGGUCGUCGAGUUUGAGUGUCGAAACCAGAGGGACUACGACAUCUGGACUCAGGGUGUCUCCAGGCUCCUCUCCAUUGCAGGGGAGAGGACCAGCAGACAUAGAAUUUGAAGUAUGAGUAGAGGAAACUAGUUGUAGAAUUUGCUAGAAUGGGGAAUUUGGUAUAGGAUUUCAAAUUUCAAGCCAAUGCUACAGGGCUGCUUUUGGACUACAAAACCGAUAUGGUUUUGGUGUUUGUGGGAUUUGCUUCUUUCUUGGGCUUUGCUUUUGUAUAAAGGAGAAGCUUCUUAUUAAAUAGCAGCAUAAUGCAAUCGCUUUUGUUAUUGUCUUUGAACUGUUAAAGCAAGGGAACCACGUGAUCCAAGCCUCUGUUCUCAGAUAAGAGGAAGAAAAAGAAGGAUCUUGGACUGAGGUAGUCAAAAAGGGAAGGACAGAUGCCCCAUUUUAAGUAAGAAUGAUAUAAAGAGGAGAUAAGGACUUACACUUUGCUCUGUUUGGCUUUGUUUAUUCUUUCUUGUGGUGGG